AUGCCAUGUUUAAUCAACUUGAUUGUUUACGUUACAGAAACAAGAGAAAUUCCUACAAUUAACAAUUUUGUCAUGAAUGCUGCUGUUGGAAUCACCAAAUCUUUAACUGGAGAAGAAUUUGCUGUCCAUAUUGUUGCUUUCUAUCCAAGAGAUCCUGAUGUAAAGACAAAUCUACAAAGGAUAGAAGCAAACCAAUUCGCUCGGGUUGGAGGGAAAUUUAUGAUUGAUGACACAGAUGUGGACAAUUCAAAUAUGAAGUUCUUGAAGAAUGAAGAAUUAGAACCAUCAGACAUUGUUGUAACAAUGACUGCAACAGCAAUGAACCAACACGGAAGGGAUGAGUUCAACAUCAAAAUCAAAAUAAAAUUGGGCGACGAAGAACUAAAGGAAAUGUCACCCAAUUCAAAAUAUUUGGUGAUGUUAAAUUCGCCAUGUUAA